CUGAGGAGCGGGGCAAGUCCGAAACGCCGCAACACAGCUCAUCAAACUGUUGGAAAUGAUCCCGGGCGCGUCGCUUGUGCGGAACUGAGCUCCUGGGUUAACGCGAUGUGGCUUCCCGCUAAAUGCGCAGCGGCGGGCCGCGGGGUCUGGGCGUCUCGGCUCUGCGUUUUGCGCCGCAGCGGCAGCAACACGGCGGCGUUCAUGCCGGAGGCGGCGGGCUUCGGGGGGGUGUCGGGCCGCGCCGCCCUGCAGGACUUCUCCCUCUCCGACGGCGACAGCUUCUGGGCCGCCGCGGCCCGCCACAGGCUGAGCUGGAGCCGGCCCUUCCGCACCGUGCGCGACUGCGACCUGAGCCGGGGGAGGAUUAAGUGGUUCGAGGACGGGGAGCUGAACGUGUCCGUGAACUGCUUGGACCGCCACGUGCACACCUGCCCAGAGAGAGUGGCCCUGAUCUGGGAGAGAGACGAGAGGGGGUCAGAGGUCAGGUACACCUACAGAGAGCUGCUGGAGAUGACCUGCCGCGUGGGAAACCUGCUACGGCGGCGUGGCGUGAAGAAAGGGGACUGCGUCACCAUCUACAUGCCCACCUGUCCUCUGGCCGUGGCGUCCAUGCUGGCCUGCGCCCGGAUCGGGGCUGCCCACAACGUGGUGUUUGCGGGCUUCAGUGCAGAGGCCCUGGCAGAGCGGAUCAGAGAUGCUCAGUCCAGCACGGUCAUAACAGUGAACCAGGGAGUUAGGGGGGGAAAGGUCACGGAGCUGAAGAAGACGGUGGACGCGGCAGUGCAGAGCUGUCCAACAGUGCAACAGGUGUUUGUUGCCAUGAGGACAGAGAAACCGGUCACCAUGACGGCCAGGGACGUUGCCAUGGAGGAGGAGAUGCUGAAGGAGGACGUGGUGUGUGAGCCGGCCGCUAUGAGCAGCGAGGACAUCUUGUUCCUGCUUUACACGUCAGGCAGCACAGGAAAGCCCAAAGGUCUGGUCCACACUCAGGCCGGGUACCUGCUGUACGCCGCUCUCACUCACAGGUAUGUCUUCAGCUACCAGGACGGCGACGUGUUUGGCUGCGUGGCGGACAUCGGCUGGAUAACUGGACACAGUUACACGGUCUACGGCCCCCUGGCUAACGGGGCCACCACCGUCCUGUUUGAGAGCACUCCCGUUUAUCCCGACCCAGGCAGGUACUGGGACAUGGUGGAGAGGCUUAAGAUUAACCAGUUCUACGGCGCCCCCACGGCAAUACGCCUGCUGCUUCGGUACGGAGACCAGUGGGUGAACAAAUACGACCGAUCCAGCCUCAAAACUCUCGGCUCUGUGGGGGAGCCGAUCAACACCGAGGCGUGGGAGUGGUACCACCGGGUGGUCGGGGAGGGCCGCUGUCCUGUGGUUGACACCUGGUGGCAAACAGAGACGGGUGGCAUAUGCAUCGCCCCAAAACCAUCGGAGCCAGAUGCCGAGAUCGUCCCUGGAAUGGCUAUGAGGCCCUUCUUUGGCAUUAAGCCGGUGCUCAUGGAUGCUGAGGGUAAAGUGCUGACUACCAACAACACAUCUGGAGCUCUGUGUAUGGCUCAGCCUUGGCCCGGCAUGGCCAGAACGAUUCACAACGACCACCAAAGGUUCAUUGAGACCUACUUCCGGCCGUAUCCUGGCUAUUUCUUUACUGGGGAUGGUGCUUAUCGCUCUAAGGAGGGAUACUAUCAGAUCACAGGACGGCUGGAUGAUGUCAUAAACGUGAGCGGACACAGGAUUGGGACAGCUGAGAUAGAGGAUGUGGUGAAUCAGUGCCCGGCAGUGGCUGAAUCUGCCGUCAUCGGAUAUUCACACAGCAUCAAAGGAGAAGCUGUGUACGCCUUUGUGGUGCUGAAAAAGGACGUGAACGUACCCGAGGCCGAAUUGUCCAAGGAGCUUAAAAGUAUUGUAUCUGAAAAGAUAGCAAAAUACGCCAGUCCAGACUUGAUUCAGUUUGUGAAGCGCCUGCCGAAGACGCGCUCGGGGAAGAUAAUGCGCCGGGUGCUGCGCAAAGUGGUGGAGAGCGACCUGGACAGUUUGGGUGACCUGAGCACGUUGGACGAUCCCACAGCAGUUCAAGAGAUUAUCCAAGGCCACCAGGAGCUCUUAAGUAAAGGACAGUUGUAG